GUCCUAUCCCAGUCGUCCAGUCUCUGAACUGACACCAUGUCUCCCAGUCUCUCUGUCUUCCUGCUUCUGGCCUGUCUGGCUUACGCCAGCUCUGCUCAACCUGUGGACCAGAUGGCUGAGCUCAAGAGCGCCCGGGCAGCACUGGAGGAGCUGAGGACCGGUACCCGAGAUAUGAUGCAUCGUCUUAACAUGGCCGAGAAGGAGCUGAAGAUGAUCAAAGAAACCCCGAAGGUGGCCUUCGCUGCCUCGCUGGGAGGAAACGGCAUGCAGAAGACGACACAAGGGAACAGGAACCUGAUCUACAGAGAGGUGCUGACCAACGUGGGAGGAGCUUACAACGGCCAGACAGGUGAGUUCACCGCUCCGGUGCGCGGUGUCUACUAUGUCCGCUUCACCGCCAACGCCCCCGCCAACUUCGACAUGAGCGCGGUGCUCUACAAGAACGACGCGGAGAUUCAGCUGAUCGCUCAUGAGGCCAAGUCGGGAGAUGGAAGCGACACAGCGUCCAACGGCGCCGCCCUGCUGCUGGAGGCCGGCGACAAGCUGAAGAUGGUGCUGUGGCACAACACUCAGAUCUGGGACAACAGUAACCACCACAGCACCUUCAGCGGCUUCCUGCUCUUCCCCAUGGUGGAUCAGAGCCUGGAUCAGGUCGACACAGCAGCCGAGAUGAAAACUCUGAAGGCUUCGCUGGCUCAGAUGAAGACUGAAAACUUGGCGAUCAGAGAGCGGCUGUCAGCAGCAGAGACGGAGCUGAAGACCAUGAGAGAUGUUCCCAAAGUGGCUUUCUCAGUCUCUCUGGGAGGAAACGGACUCGUCAAGACCACGAGCGGGAACCGGAACCUGCUCUACAGAGAUGUGCUGACCAACAUUGGACAGAGCUACAACAGUGAGACGGGUGAGUUCACCGCUCCGGUGCGCGGUGUCUACUAUGUCCGCUUCACCGCCAACGCCCCCGCCAACUUCGACAUGAGCGCGGUGCUCUACAAGAACGACGCGGAGAUUCAGCUGAUCGCUCAUGAGGCCAAGUCGGGAGAUGGAAGCGACACAGCGUCCAACGGCGGCGCCCUGCUGCUGGAGGCCGGCGACAAGCUGAAGAUGGUGCUGUGGCACAACACUCAGAUCUGGGACAACAGUAACCACCACAGCACCUUCAGCGGCUUCCUGCUCUUCCCCAUGGGAGGGAGCACUGAGCCUCACUGAUACCUCAGAUCUUGCUCCAUUCUGAGCUCAGGAGCUUUCGCUUGGACUGAACAGUAAAAAGUGAGCCCUGCUUUGAAGUCUUUGUUGUCACUCAGCCGUUAUCCAUGCCACGUUUCAACAGAAAUGAUUGCUCUAAACCUAUAAACAAAUGUGCAAUUAAAACAAUCCUCUCUAA